AUGAUCGCACGCGACCCGGACAGCACUGCGCGGCUGGUGUACUCCAUGGGCUCCACCACGGAGACCACAGUGAUGCAGUCUACGUUCAGCAUUGAGACAAACGGAGCUGUACGACUGCGCAGCUUCCUUGACUAUGAACUGCGCCACACCUACAUCGUUCCCGUCAAGGUCAGCGAUGGCGAAUUCACAACCCAAGCCCAGUUGUUUGUGCACGUGUUGGAUGUUAACGACGAGGCACCUGAGUUUGAAGUUAACCCGAAGCAACUGAUUGUGGAAGAGAAUGCUUCGGCCGGCAAGCUUAUUGGCCGAGUGAGUUCACUUUUCCAUGCUGAACCACUUCAGUAA